UAUCUGGCGAGUGGCGACAGUGACUGGUUGGCCGUGGUGAAGGAAGGACUUGUGUCGCUCUGUGCUCUUCCCCUCCGGUGCUCUUUGCUUACAGUGCCGCGGGAUUACUUGUGUGAGGGCGAGGUGAGGGAGGCGCCCUUCCCCCGCGCCAGCCAGCAAGUGUGAGCCACGCGGGGCUGUGAGGAUGGGCGGCUCUCCGCCCAUGACGUGACGGGGCGCUUUGCGUGGGCGCCGCCCAUGGCCAUGGACCACGCCCACGGCACCCACGCCCCUCACGACGUCCCCACGCCCACCUCCCGUCCUGAGAACGCCCGAGGGCGUGGUCACGCGCGCUCCCGCAGCCGAGACGCCUCAGCCGACUCUCACCACCACGCCCGCGACGCCUCGCUAGGCAGCAGCGGCGCGCGGCGAGUCGGUGGUGGCGGCGGCGGCGGUGGUGGUGGAGGCGGCGGCGGCGGCGGCGGCGGCGGCGGCGGCGGUAGUGGUGGUGGUGGCGGCGGUGGUGGUGAAGAACCGGGGAACAACUCUAGAGGUUCCUCCCCCGCCCGCCCUCUCGCCCACACGUCCACACCCGUGCACUCUACGCCGCCCACUCUACUAAGACACACCCAUAACCUGUGAUGCAGAAGGCCAGCACGCCCACGCCAGGGAGCCUCCGCCGCCCGCGACACCCAGCCCUGGUCAGACAGUUUUCCUUGCCGCAAGUGUUAAGG